CGUCCGUCGCUCGUGCUGGGAACGUGUUCUCUCAGACAUAACAGUCCAUCCAACCCUACAAAUAGUAAAUUGUACCUUUCCUGCGCUGUGUUUGUUUUAGUUAUUUUAGUUAAACCCGAGGAGUUAAUGGCAGGCGGGUAUAGAGCACACUUUGGAGUCAAGUGUUGAUCUCUGACAGGGAAACAAUUGCGCUAUUUUUGUGUCACCCUCCUCACAUCCGCUGUCGCUAACGUGUGCUACAAGUAAUCGUCGGCUCUUCCAGCGGCUCUGUCACCUGUUACUGAGCCACACAAACUGCCACCGGGACUGAUGCUCACACAGGACCUCUCUCACUUGCCUGGCUGUUGAAUUUCACAUCACUGCCUGUCAUGAUACUCUUGCUGUUGCUGCUGAGUGCCUGUGUGUGUUGGGGCCUCAGAGCAACAGAACAGGACCUUUACUAUGGGGACCGCUACAGCAUCAGGAUGCCGAAAAAUGCAGUCUCCCUGGAGUACUCCCCCGAAAUUUACGGAACCAACCCGGUCGUCCUGUGGAAACUUGGAGACCCUGCUGUUGGCGAGACGGAGAGGGGCAAGCUGAUUGGUCAACAGUGGGUGAUUGAGAAGGUAACCCAGAAGGACAGAGGCCACUACACAGUGAAGGACACAGGCUCAAGAAUGCGGUAUAGUAACUUCCUCCAAGUCACAGAGAAAGAAGAAACUUAUAAUAUGGAGGCGGAUGAAGUUCUCAGUUUAUCAUUUGAUAUGAACGUUGAAACAUGCCGCCUAAUCUUCACUUCAGACUAUGACUCUAAAAUUCACGAAGUCAUCUCUGACGGCAAGCUGCAUGGUUAUUUCUUUCGUGGGAGGAUUGAGCUGAUUGAUCACAAGAACUCUUUUGACGUUUUGGUCAACAAUCUCAAAGCCUCAGAUGCUGGUACCUUUGAGCUCCAAGAUGAGGAUUUCAACGUGGCUCACAGAGUGUAUGUGCAUGUGACGGAAAGCUUACGGACAAGGACGAAACAGAGCAGCACCACUGGAUACCAUACUCCCACGUCGUCUUAUAUUGGAAGCGGUGUUGGCAUCUUCUUGGGGGUGCUUCUCUGCCGCUGCUGCGUGAAGUGCUGCUGUUCGUCGACCCCCUCCAAAACGGACAGCCCUGGUGACAAUCCGGAGUCACCCACUGAGCCUGAACACAGGGAUACCACUGAGCCACCUCGUCUGAGGUACCAUCAGCCCAUUCCGUCCCCUCGCCAAACCAACUACUAUAAGCCAUCAAAUGCCUCCGCUGGACCAAAGCCAAGUAAUGCCUCCAAUCCGCCUUCCCCUUUUGUUAAGAUAAAACCUAAAGGACAGCCUGCUGCUGCCCGGUCUGCCUCCCCCGUGCCUGACUGUCUCUCUUCGGACCCUGAUCCACGAUUUGAGCUGCAGGGACUGUCUGCUCCCUCCACCAACCCCCUCGGCUCAGACUCAACUUACUGUGAUGUUUAUACCUCCGACAAACUCAACUUUAUCUAAACUGCCUUGAUUUUACAGAAGUCGACUCGGCCUUGUGAAUUAAGCCAUUACUGUAACUUUGAGGUUCAUGUCCUUGUCCAGUAUCACCAAAGUAUGUGGCCUGUUUAGGUUUGUAGCAUCUAUUUGUGUCUUUAUUUUAGAAGCUUGUACACAGUGUUAGUGGAGAUAGAACAAUUCAUAGAUGUUUAUUGUUGCACUGUAGCAGAAGUUUUAUUUGCUAAGCUGCACCAUACUACCUCAGUGUCAACACUUUAUAAAUGCUGAUGACUACAUGUUUAUCUCAAGCAUCUGGCACUGGUUGCCUACAUAUUUUAAAGUUUUGGAAUACAUAGAAGUUGGUGCUACGCUUAAACUUAUCAUUGUGCCUUAAGCGCAAUAAACCUGAAACUCAAGAAUGGUGUGAUAUAAUUCUGUCAGCGCUUCGGGACUUUUGCACUCUAUCCAAGGAUUAUUUACUGGUGUGCACACACACACACUAGUGAACCUGAUGACAGCUGCAACGUGCACUCCUUGUGCACAUUUUGUAUUUUCUUUCUUUGCACUCGCAUUCAGUCACCCCACAGGCCUCAACAGGUUUCCUCAGUCACUCCAAACACCCAAAACUCAAUCACUGUUGUGUCGUUUUUGUGCUUAGAGAUUAUUUAAUUAGUCAUUUCCUGUGCAUUUUUCUUUUUGAAAGUUUUGGAAUGUGUUUUACUAUAUAUGACUGUAUUGUAUCGAUGUGAUUCUUGUGCACUAGAAAGGCAGAGCAGAGGUGAAGAAGGGCAUUGACUUGAGUACUAACAAUUCUCAGUAACAUUAUAUGCAAACAUGAGCAUCUCUUACAUUUCAUAUUGUGUUAAUCUGAACAGUGUUAUUUGUAUUUUAACAGACUGUAAAACUCUUACUAACUUUGUCCAUGCGACAUGAGUAAAAGCUGUUAACACAACGUGACUUGUGUUUGUCCUUGUUUUUCUGUGCUUGCAACAUGUUUGCAUUUGAUAUGAAACGCCUCCUGUUCCUACUGUCACUGUAACAACUUCCCACCAACGUAAUAAACCAUUCAUGUAAUAUCAAUUUGCAUAAUGUCAUAAUCCACUUUAUGUAAUGAAUUUCAUGCAAAUGUAAUAA